AUGUGCGAAAUUAGGAUAGUCGCGCUUCGCGCGUGGCGUUUUUUCGGUGCCGGCGCGAGGCGGGCGCGGCUGCGGUCCACGCUGGAGUCCGUCUUGGGCCUCGAGCGGCUGCCGGCGCUCCUCGGGCGCGUGGAGCGCCUCGAGGCGCGCGUGGCCGACGCGGAGGCGCGCACCGCGGCGGCCCUCGAGGGCCUGCGGCGGGAUGUGGGCGCUCUCCGCGCGCCCGCGCGCGUGGGCGCCGCGCCCGCGGAGGCGGCGGCGGCAGAGCGCGACGCCGCGGGGGCCGGCGGCCGGGCCGAGGCCGGCGGCGCAGGGGUGCUGGAGCCCAGCGAGGUGCUGGCCGCCCUCGCCAGGCACGGCGUCCGAGACAUCUACGCCGACGUCUUCGGGGACUGGGGCGGCUCGUGGUCCCCCUGGGAGGAGCGCGGGUGGAUGUACGAGGACGGCUACCACUUCAACCUGCAGGGGCAGGCCAGCGUCCGGCGCCACUUCCAGAAGUGGCUCCGCGAGGAGGAGGAGAGGGCCGGGAGGUUCGAUGUGCUGGUGUCCGACUCCGUGUUCCUCACCCACGACCCCUCCUGUCCCAGCGGCCGCGUGGAGCAGGAUAAGGCGGAGAUGAUGGAGAUGGGCUUCUCCUCCGUGCACAUGCGGUGCGGCGUCGGCUUUGUCCGGAACAGAGGCUUCGCGCAGAUGAUCGAGGAGGCGCUGCGGAGUGGGGAGCUGGUCAUCGCGCGCGGUGCCAGAGUGCUGCUGAUCACCUCUGGGAACGACCUGUGGUGUUGCCCCUACACGCAGCCCCUGUACAGCGAGGGCUGGCUGGCGGCCCACAUCAGGUGGGUGCGCGACGUGCUCGAGCCCGUCACUCCUCACGUUGUCAUGGCCUCCCUUAUCCGACAGACACAAGGAUUGGCUGGCUGA